CGGUGCCGGUUGUAGGAGCCGGCGGCGGAGCCAUGGCGGCCGCCCCGCAGGAGAACACGCUGCUCCACCUCUUCGCCGGCGGGUGCGGGGGUACAGUUGGUGCCAUUGUUACAUGUCCUUUAGAAGUAAUAAAGACCAGGCUCCAGUCUUCAAGGCUAGCGUUCCAGACUGUCUACUAUCCUCAAGUCCAGUUGGGGACGAUCAGUGGCGAAGGAAUGGUCAGGCCGACAUCUGUAUCACCCGGACUUCUCCAGGUUCUAAAGUCAAUUUUGGAGAAAGAAGGACCGAAGUCACUCUUCCGAGGAUUGGGUCCAAACUUGGUUGGAGUGGCGCCAUCAAGGGCGGUCUACUUUGCAUGCUACUCCAAAGCCAAGGAGCGAUUUAAUGGCAUUUUUGUGCCCAACAGCAACGUUGUGCACAUUUGCUCAGCAGGCUCUGCAGCUUUUGUCACAAAUUCCCUGAUGAACCCUAUAUGGAUGGUGAAAACCAGAAUGCAGCUGGAACGGAAAGUCAGGGGUUCAAAACCGAUGAAUGCUUUGCAGUGUGCUAGAUACGUUUACCAGACAGAAGGGGUCCGUGGUUUUUACAGAGGCCUGACGGCCUCCUAUGCUGGGAUUUCGGAGACCAUUAUCUGCUUUGCUAUUUAUGAAAGUUUAAAGAAGCACCUGAAAGAUGUCCAGCUGCCCCCUUCCCCUACUAAUGGGACCAAGCGGAACUCCACAAACUUUUUUGGACUGAUGUUUGCUGCUGCUGUUUCUAAGGGCUGUGCCUCCUGUAUUGCUUAUCCGCACGAGGUCAUACGGACAAGACUGCGAGAGGAAGGCACAAAAUACAAGACUUUCUUUCAGACGGCUCGUUUGGUAGCACGUGAGGAAGGCUACAUGGCUUUCUAUAGAGGACUCUUUGCGCAGCUCAUCAGGCAGAUACCAAACACAGCCAUUGUGUUGUCCACCUAUGAGCUAAUUGUGUACCUGUUGGAAGACCGCACUAAGUAGCAGAGCCAGGGCGCAUCCUCUGGAAAAUAAAAACUGACAUUGAGCAAAUAGCCAUUAAGAGACUGAUACAGGUGAUGAAGAUGGAGAAGAGCUAUGAGUCUCUGGUCACCUGCUGGACACUUUUUUUCCUUUUGGAUUCAUGCUUUCUGGAAGGUUUCAACUCAUUAACGUUAAUAGUUAAUUAUAACUUUUUAACUUAAGGAGAGAUGAUUCAGAAUUAAACUGCUACUAAAUUAAAUCAUGCUAUUUAAUUUA